GCCCUUUCCUUGGUUAUCACUUCUUCACGUCUUCAUAUUUUAUUUUUCUUUUUGGAAGUUUUUUUAAAGAAAAUAUUAAUGUUUUUAUGACAUUUUUUGCAAAUAAAUGUGGUAAAAUCGUUUAAUAACGUUUUAAUGUUUCAUUGUUGUUAUACCAUUCGUGAUAUUUUAUACUGUGCGUUAAUUUUUAAAUGUGUACUGAUUACGUUGUAAGUAUCAUAAAACACCUUCAACUCUAGGUAUUCAUCAACAGACUGAAGUACAAAUAUUGCAAAAAUGCCUUGGUGGUAUUACGAUAAGAAAGAAUUGAGAACUACGCCUUCAUCCAGAGAUGGUAUUGAUUAUGAUUUGGAGUGCCAAUACAGAGGAGAAGGUGCACGAUUUAUAAUUGAAACUGGUACAGAGAUGAAACUCGGUCACCAAACCGUGGCUACCGGAGUGGUAUACUUUCAUAGAUUUUACAUGGUCCAUUCCUUCAACGCGUUUCCGAAAUACUUGACGGCUUGUUGCGCUUUAUUUCUCGCCGGUAAAGUUGAAGAAACGCCGAAGAAAGCCAGAGAUAUUAUCAAAUGGGCUGAGAAAAAAUUACCGGCUGAAGAAUUCGCUAAAUUUGGCGAAGAUCCGAAGGAAGAAUUACUCGUCUUGGAAAGGAUCCUACUUCAGUCGAUCAAGUUCGAUUUGCAAGUCGAAAACCCGCAUACUUUCUUAUUAAACUAUAUGAAAUCACUGAAAGGUGUAUGUAGUGAACAACAGAAAAUGACGGCUGUGUUUGAAAUGGCGUUCUGUUUCAUCAAUGACAGUUUAUGUACAACGUUGUGUUUACAAUGGGAACCGGAAGUGAUAGCGAUCGCGAUGUUGCAUUUAGCUGCUAAAAUGAAGAAAUUCGAUGUAAGCAAUUGGUCCAGCAAAUCUUCAUCUCGUACAGAAUGGUGGGAAAAGUUCGUAAACGGAGUCACCGUCGAAUUACUGGAAGAUAUAUGUCAUCAAGCCUUAGAUUACUAUUCUGAGAAGAAACCGGCGAGUUCGGCGUCUUCUGCGCCGCCAACGAAUACGUCUCAUAUUCAGAAGAAAUCUGCUGCCGUUAAAGUUAGUGAUAGUCCAAGUGUUCCUUCUCCUCCUCCACCACCGCCACCUAUGGAACCGUCGAUGCCUCGGCCGAAUUCGAUCAUGAUUCCGACUCAUCCUCCGCCGGAACCUUUGACCGCAAUGGCACCAAUAACGGUGUUACCUCCUCCGUUGACCAAUCCGAUUCCGAAUGUGAGCGCUAUGAAUAACAUUUACAUACCCAGUUCGGCCAUGGUACAUCCACCGCCGCAAUUAUUCAACGUCAACGUACCGCCACCUGCAUUGCCCAAUAUGCCGCCGAUGAAUAUACUGCCUAGUCAUGAUGGGACUGCUCAACCAUAUCGUUACCUUUAUAAUAAUAGAUAUUAAACGUUGUUUCGCGACUCCACGUUUGACUAUUUAAUUCGUGUGUGUAUUUCUUGAAAAUACCUGGUACGUGGAUUCGUUGAUAUUUGUCGUUUUUUUUCUCCGUGUACAUUUUUGAACUGAUGUACGUUUUAAUGUGAUCUUGAAUUAAUAUAUGUUUAUUUAAUAA